AUGACCCCGCAGAAAUGGACUAUCACAGAGAGGGAUAUACCACCUAUUGAAACGCUAUGCGAGCUCCUUGGACUCAAGGGUGUACCGGACGAGCAAACUGUGGAUUUCAUGGGGGCUACUUGGGAAUUUCUUCAUUCCUACGAAUUCCUGGAUGGCAUGGACUCCGAGAAACUACUUGAUUGGAACAUGCCUACGAUAUCCAUAGAGCUGAGAGAAAUGGCCACAGCCUUUCUUUCGGAUCAAAAAUGUGGUGAGCGAUACUGGGGCGGCGGAAGAACUUGGUCUGCGGAUGUUUUGCAAUACCCAGAGGAUGAAGAUAGAAUUAUUGAGCUAUUGAUGCAGCUCUUUUGGAGGCAGAAUAAGCAGACUUUCGACCUGGCAGAUCGAGGGGACCAAGCGGGGCAUCCGUCAAGGGAUCAUAUCGCUGGGAUUAACGAAGAUAUCCAACGCCGUAGACCGACAUCAAGGUCGAGUACAAUCAGAAAUGAAGCUCCCUUUGCACAAACAAGUCAUCAUAACAGGGAGGGGAAAUUAGUUUCGAAACCAUCACCGUCUGGUGGUAAUGUUUUGGCGGAGAAUGCAGAUGCAUUUGACGGCCCUGAGGAUCUGGAUGCAGACAUCAGAGACGCGAUGGAAUACCUUUCGAGAGAUGACCACGUACUUGUACCGUGUCGACCGGAAACACCACCAAGUGAAGUCAAUACCCGAAAGAGAAAAGCCCCUACUUCCGAUGGGCCGAGACGUUCACUUCGAAAAAGGAAUACUGUUCAGUACAAUGUUGGAAAUGAAUCAUCAUCUCGAUCAUCUGACGGAAGUUCCAGGGAGUCUCUCGAGCCUAGUAUCGAGCGACAUGAGGAUUCCAGUCAGGAUUCGGUUGUCGAAAUUAUCUGUCCAGGAGACACAGUUGCGACUCGAAACAUGACUUCUGAAAUGUUUCAUGCCUUGCCUUCAAUAAUAAUUAGUCAGAAAGCUCCAAGAACUUCAACGAGUGUUCCUACUGCCAAAGGGACAAAGACAUCGAUACCGAACGAACGGAUGCCCGGACCAUCUUGUUCGCCGAAUGCGAAAGGGAGGGGCAAGACCAUGUCUAGAUCAGCCGAUACCCCUUCAACGAAUUCUCCAGCGCCAGGACGCAAAGUUUUGAAAUUGAAGAUGCCGUUACAGAUGCCAAGUAUCAAAGCAGUAUCAAAACCUUUGGGAAAGAAAGUCCCUGCAGCAAGGCGAUUACAGACACCUCCAACUCGAGCUACGGGUAAUAUCAUAAGGGGAUCUUUUGCAUCUCCUGGCGGUAACAUCACUUCACUUCAUCACUCACCACCACUAAGUCCAACGAUCGAACCAUUUCACCCGCCGCCGCUUACUCCCGCAGCCCGAUCAAUGCCAACCCCAACAUCGCUGCCCCGCCCUCCAGCUGCCGAUAUUGUACCAGUGUCUAUGUCAACAUUUGAGUUCUCGGCCCCGGAGGUACGCAUCUGGGUAGUCGAAUUCUCACCAAAAUGCUCAGAAGAGUGGCUACAAGGGGUUCGGCUGGCCGGGAUAUCGCUCUGGAACUUCCUCACUAGCAUUGCAGAGCUUCUUGGCCGGUCAGUUGAUGAUAUACAGAAGAUCAAGAUGACACUUGAGAUGCCGAUGCUGAAUACUAAGAUUACUGUCAAGAAGGGUCAAGAAGAUGUCUGGGAAGAUGCGAAAAAUAUUUUCGCUGAGAGGUUGAGUUUGCAGGGUGGGGAUGGGAGGCUGGACACGUGUAGGAUUUCUGUGGAACCUGUUUGGGAAGAGCGAAAGGUGGAUGUGUGGGAGGACGUGGAUGAUGGUGAGGGUGGAGAUGGGCUUUAUGAUGCUUGA